CAAGUUAUUACCUUUUAAUGCAUUUAAAUAGCUCAACAUGCAGAAAAAUAAAGGUUUUUAUAGUGGUUGUCGAAUCUUUCAUGUGUAAUACUAAAUAACACUAGGAUUUGUACUUAUCUGAAUGAUCUUUCAUUUCGUAUGUACAGUGGUGGGUGAGGAUUCAGUAUCUGCUCUAAACGCUUGCAGCCGGUCGUCAGGGCAGUGUGCAAGUACCACGUCCAUGUGCCUGUCCUGCAGUAAUAUCUCAUUACCGGGAUCAGAAUGCCGUGAAUCAAUUAUUCAACAUUGGAACAAAAUAUUUAAUUAAUUUCUUGAGCAUUCACAAACAAUGUUAACUGUGGGUGUUGUGAAUAAUUUGGAGGUAGUAUUGUCGGGAUGGAGCUGGGCUACCAGGUGGCAUCUUAGUAGCCUUCAGGUACUGAGGACCAAAGAAUACUGCAAUUAUGGCUUCGUGUCUGGUAUACCAAUUCUUGGACCCUGUCUGUGAACAAGCCAAAUCCAAACUAUUCCAGUAGUUAAAUAGGCAUAAAUGCCCACAAAAAGGGAAAUGGUCUGGGAAGAGAAUGGGUGUCAAAAACACACCAAACAGGGUGUUGCAGUGUGGCUUCAGGAGAAGUCUCGCCGAGGUGCCCGCGAAAUCCGGACCGAAACUGGCGCGGUGGACGCAGAAGCACUCAUAAUGUAAAUUUAACAAAAAAUUUAGCAAAUGAUAGAAUUCUUUUUAGUAGAGCACAGUCCGACUGAUAGCUUUCUAAAGGCUGAGGGAAAGCAUCCCUAGAUGAGGUGACCACAUCCUUGUACUAGUAGCGAAGUUGAAUAGUACUGAGGUGUGGCCGAGAAACAAUCCUGUCAGUGAGAAGUCGCGCUGAUAAGUCUAUUGUAUGGUGCCUGUGACACUUAAUUAAAUCAGUUCUUCGCCUUGGAAGAAGGAGGAGGAUACUUUGUCUAAAGGGUCGAAAAGUUUCUAAGAUGUUCGAAGGAGGGAUUGCGAAAUACUGACUUCGAUAUCUGGACGUUGGUGUUAGUGCCUGAUCGCAACACGAUCUACUGGGGAGUGGCCGAAACAGAGAAAAAGUAGACUUGCACAUAUCACACGAGACUACGUCAAAAGCAUGGGGCUUACGGAGGCAGGCCGUCGCUAGCCGGGUUAGAACCGGUCAAUGCUCUGGGCGGUGCUCCGUGGAAAAGAGGGUAGGGGGAAUGGUGGCUUGUGAGAAAUGUCUUACCCGGAGCGCCUAUACUUGCUCGAGAGCCCUGGAACCUUAGAACAGAGCAUUACUAUAUUCCCUCAGGGAAGAUUUGAGAAACUGGCUGCCCUGAGAGGCUGUAGCCACAAGCAGUCCUGGUCACGAAAGCUAGUUGAAUAUCAAUCGCUGGUUGUGCACUGGGGCGGGAAAAAUACGAGACCAAAAAGCUAGCCUUGCAAAGAUCUGCAAAAUCUCAGAUACGGCAUUGGAAACGACUCGAGGAACUAACCUUACAAAAAUUAAUUGGGUGUCUACAGUGGGCUGAACAAGUUCAAAUUUUAGUUAGAAAAUUCCUGCUAAAAUGAUGGUUAAAAAAUUCAAAUUUAAAAUUGUGCCGAAAAUCACUUUUGGAGUCACAUUUUGAACCAGAUUCCCCUAACUUGCACAACCCAAGUGCAAUACAUCUUCACUUUUGGGUAUGGAACCAGCUCUAUGUAAUAAUCUCUGUCAAAUUGUUGUGUAAAGUCUGUCCACGCAUCUUGUAUCUCCUUACAGCCAUCCCUCUAUGCAGGUAUCAUUACUCUAAUCUCGCUGAAGCGCACACUGUUUGCCUCCUCUGUCCAUUAACUUCCUUCUCCACUGCCACACACGUUCUGACCUCGUCACCUCCUUCGAGCCUGCACUCGCUGCAAGUCAGCGUGAUUCCUCCCAACAGCUGCAACUGCUGAUGACGCAACACGCCUCUCCAGGCGGCCGGCCAGGAAGCAACGAACUCUGAGCUUGCGAUGCUAAUACACACACAUGCCCCAGACUACCUCGAAAUUAGUCCGAUGUUAAUUUUCCUUACACAAAUUAUUGUUAUUAAUGGUAUUGAAGAAUGUGUGUGAGCUGUACCGUUGUCAACUUCAACCAAAUAAUAACUGGGUAUUAUUGAUACCGGACGCAGUACUCAGGUACACACCAGUAGAAUUUAGUGUUUAGUAUAUCCUUUCAACUUUCAAUGACCGUAACUUUAUUCUUUCUACACUUACUGCAUGUUUAGAUGCAGAAGUUACAAAUGGUUCAGCACACAUCACAUGAAUAAAGCCUUUAAAGGCUUAUUUACAUUACUGUUGUUAGUAAGAUUUUAUUAAAAUAUUUCUUUGUGUAUUUUUACUCUUGUAUAAGGGAUAGCAAAUUAAGUUAAAUAAUAUAAUUAUAAUUUAUUAGCAUGUAUAUUGUUUUGAAGCGCCCGCCGCGCUUCUGUGACGUCAUCUCCGUGCCGCAGCCUUCCUUUCCUUCUCCCCUCUUAACCCCUCUCCGCCUCAAGGUGCCAAUUUCCCCUUCCCUUUCUUUCCCCCUAGCCUCUCCUCAAUUGUAGCGACUGCAACGCCAUCUAGCGAAUAGUAUAAAUGAGCGCGUAUAACUUUUAAUUGUCUUUUUCGUGGGUCUCUCUUGGUGGAAGCAGGUCGUCUCUGGCCCGGUCGAGGGGCAGCUCGUCUAGGUAAAAUUCUUCAGGAGACGGAGUUAGUGUGUGCACACGAUGGCCGUGCGAGUAACGUAAAUAUUAAAUAUGCUUGCCAGCCUUGAUUUUCAUGUAGCCAUCCCUUUUGACUUUGACCUUCACUUAAUUUAUUUUCUGUGUAAUAUUUUCUUUUGUUUCUUCUUUCUGCUGGAAGCAUUUGCUUACUCCCUCCUGCAUGUGGUUUUGAUUUUAGUUGCUGCGCGACUUGCAUUGUCGGCAGUGGACUCUUAACUUAUUUCAACGGCAUCCAGACCACGCUUUGAUUGCUUUUGGUUUAGAAGUAAGCACGUUAAGUGCCCGAUGCCGCCCUUGUAUUUUUUUUUUUUUCAUAAGAGCUUUCAGCUCCGUAUGACGUAAUUUUACGCAUCGUUUUGCCUUGAUUUUGCCCUCUUUCUUUUCCUCCCAGCUGUACUCCCGACCGGAGCCAUUUGGUUAAGGCAUACCCCCCGUGAUCUAGCAUAUUUUGUUUGAGCACUUCUCUGUAUUACGCUUACCUAGCCUUGGCAGUGAAUGUCAUCAUGACGAGACCCACUGAAAAUUGUAGCUGUAACAAACCAUGUAACCGAUCCCUCGCUUCUCUCUUGGGCUUGCAUUUCUGUCCGCGGGACUACGCUCUCUAUGAGUAAUAGAUAUUUAAUAUGUUUUUUUUCGAGGAGUGCACAAUUAACGUUAUACUAGGUGUUGGUUUAUUUUGUAGUACAUAAUUCCUUGCCCCUACACGUGUUUGGACCGCUCGUAUAGUCUGUAUGUAUAUUGAGUCAGUUCCUAAAGUUGUUAACAGCAACGUACGUCUUGUGAAUCACGUGUGUAAUGACAUAAUGUUCACUAUGAUUUUGGUCUUCGCUCGCCUCCGGGCCAUAACGUAAUGCGUACGCACGUAUACUUGAAUAUUGGUUUCUCUCCUCUCUUAUAGUGUGUGGUAACUGAGUCAUAAUUUCGCACAGAAAAUGAGAAAAUGUCUAUCCCCAUUGUCAGAGGCGACUGUUUUAUACUGCAUGAUCCAGGGCAUGCCUAGGAAAUUCAACUUGUAACGGAGAGAGAGAAAGAAUGUUAACUUGUUGCUUGUUGCUUGUUGUUUCGUACGACUGUAAGAGAUACGCAGUAGUAGUUUGUUUGUUGAAUCAGAGUACAUUGGGCACAAGGUUCACCCUAGUUUUUUCCAUAAGUAAGGACUCAGUAAAGACAUAAGGAGUGAAAAUCAUUGUGAAGGGAAUAAACUUCAUUAAAUGUAUGCUAAUUUGUAUUUGCUACGCACAUGCCUCUAGCUGGCAUCGAAUCCGUUGACAGUGUAUGUAUAUGUGUUAAGUUUGCGAAAUUAUAACGUUGUUGAGUGCGACUCAUGUUCUUUAUUUGUAUUUAUGAUUUAUCACUUUCUGCUUAACUGUCUUUUCUAGCAAAGACCCCACACACGAUUUUCUUGUGCCCCCAUACACUUCGCUUGCAUGAGUAGGAUAAUCAGUAGGAGUGUUUGGUGGCGCAUGGAUGCACCCUGGUGGUAUGCUUAACUGGAUACCCCCACGCUGCAAAGCUGCGCUACUCUGCUUUUUAGGCAGAUUAUAGUGAUAAUUCCGUUUGUAUUGUUUGUUUCGGUGCACCAUGGCCGUCUCCGUGAGCUGGGUUUACCAGUUGCACAAGACCGAUUUGGCGCUGCAUCUCGAGGAAAAUGGUCUGCCCGUGGCGGACACCGAUACCGUCGCCGAGAUGAGGGCGCGUUUGGUUGACUACCUGCGUAAAUCCGCAGGAGCCGCAUCUGAAGUCACGACCAGGCAGCCCCCAGCUGAUUGUUCCUGUACCGGUCUGUGCCAGCAAGUGAAGGAGGAGAUAACUAUAGAAGAGCACCCCGCUGCCCCAGGGACGCAGGGACCGGUCACGGGCUCGGUGGCCACAGCGACCUUGCCUGCCGUCGCGCCAGGCAGUGCUCCCAGCUCAGUGGCCCACGUCCCGUGCAGGAGGCCUGGUCGGCUGUCAGAGUCUCAGGCCAACCACGGCAGAACAUUUGUUACACUGAGAAGGUCUGGGCGUGAUUCUCACUCGACUUGCAAACUAUCGCCCGGAGCAGUGAACAUGCAGCGAAGCUACCAGAUCUGCCAGGCCGCCAUCCGAAAGAGUCGGAACCAAGACCAGCUGCGUUGUCGGUUGAAGCCUCUGUCUUCGUUGCUCACGGCUGGUUCAAAUGACGAUCUCCCGAGGGGAACCGGCUUGCUGUCAGAAGAACCGGAGUGUGUUCUGUCGCCGCACACGACAGCUCAGUCCCGGUAUGGCCGGGUGACCUCGUCGCAGGACCUACCAGUCUCUGUGGCAGUUUUGCCAACAGCACAAGUGCGGGCCGCACCAGAGGUUACACUGAGAAGGUCUGGUCGUGAUUCUCACUCGACUUGCAAACUAUCGCCCGGAGCAGUGAACAUGCAGCGAAGCUACCAGAUCUGCCAGGCCGCCAUCCGAAAGAGUCGGAACCAAGACCAGCUGCGUUGUCGGUUGAAGCCUCUGUCUUCGUUGCUCACGGCUGGUUCAAAUGACGAUCUCCCGAGGGGAACCGGCUUGCUGUCAGAAGAACCGGAGUGUGUUCUGUCACCGCACACGACAGCUCAGUCCCAGUAUGGCCGGGUGACCUCAUCGCAGGACCUACCAGUCUCUGUGGCAGUUUUGCCAACAGCACAAGUGCGGGGCGCACCAGAGCCGACCGAUGGAGACGUCUGCAUGAAGCAAGAGUCGAGUGAGCUGAGUUUCAUGCUAAUCAUCAAGGAGGAGUUGGAUAAAUUGCCGGCAGAUGGAGACGUCUGUGUGAAGCAGGAGCCAAUCACGGAGGAGUUGAACGAACUGUGUUCCUGUACCGGUCUGUGCCAGCAAGUGAAGGAGGAGAUAACUAUAGAAGAGCACCCCGCUGCCCCAGCAUGGAGCUCGCCCGCAGUCGUACUUCCCUAUCCAGCCUGCGUAAUACACGCGUCCUACCUGCUAGCCGCCAAGAACGCGUCCAUUUGUGAAAAAGCCUCACCCGCCAACAAUACUAACUCAUUAAUUAUAAUAUGCAAAACAUAAAAACAUUACAUAUGCGAUAAAACAAAAUUUGCUGCUGUCAUAAGCCGAAGAAAAAGAAUCAAUUUGAAAUAUAACAUAGACAGAUAAAUCUAAAAUGGAGUUAUCGAUAGUAAUGUUUUAAUAAACAGAAUAAUAUAUGUCGUAUUACACUAAAUACGUGUUCUUACUGACAACCGAAUUUAAAAAUAAAUUAAAUUACUUUUUUUUUCUUUUUAAACCAUAACCGCAUAGAAGAAACAAUACUUUUGAUAAAAUUUUUUGCAUAACUAUACGACAGGACUAAAAGUACAUUGUACGUAAUAAGUAUUUGCUUAUAGGAAUUAAUGCUGCAGAAUAUACGAAUAGAUUCAAAUGCAUAGAAUUUAAUAUAUUGUCAGAUUUAUUUGGAAAUAUGCAUGUAACAAAAGAUUGAAUUUGAAAUGAAUUAUCUGUUUUUAACUACAAAUAUAAUUUUAUCAUAUCUCACUUUCAUUCAAACUUAAGAGUGUCAUUUUCAACAACAAAAUAGCCACAACUACACUUAAAAAUAUUUUAACUUGAUACUUAUAUUGUAUAACUUUUGAUGAAAUUAAAUGUUAAGAGGUUCAUUUAAGUUUGUAAGGAAACAUAAAUACAACGUUCAAAAUAAAUAACAAAAAUUUUGUGUAGUUAGGAGCUCCGCGUCAUGCAAAUAAAGGAAAGUUAAACUUUUCAGUAUACGGCUGCAAUAAUUAUAGAAGAAAAUGUUAUUUAUUCUUUACUUUUAAUUCCCAUUUGGAGAAAAUAAAUCGAAAAGUGCUAUACCGAAAGUAUAAAGUUGAAUUUCAAUAUCGCUUGUCAAGUAAGUUCAAGAACAAAAUUAAAAAAAAA